AUGCGAGUGAAAGCAGUUAAAGACCCGGCCAUUCAGGAUGGAAAGCCAUUGCCUGCUUUCGGAACUUGUAGACAUUUCAGGAAAAGUUUUCGUUGGUUUAGAUUUCCGUGCUGUGGGAAGGCCUACCCAUGUGACCACUGCCAUGAGGAGAACGAGUCACAUGAGAUGAAACUAGCCAAUAGGAUGAUCUGUGGCUUCUGUGCUUACGAACAGGCCUACAGCCCCAACAAUCCGUGUUUAAGAUGCGGUAGUAACAUUACGAACAAGUUCACUUCCCACUGGGAAGGCGGAAAAGGAUGUAGGGAUAAAGUCAGGAUGAGCAGGUUGGUUGGUUGGUCGGUCGGUCGGUCGGUUGGUUGGUUGGUUGGUUGGUUGGUUGGUUGGUAG